GCAUCUUUAGCGAGUUGCAUGUUCGCAGGACCUUUCACAGUCAUUAUCGGACACACGGUUCAAGAACCUGUGGCGCUUGUAACGGCUCCAAUCGGACACCUCCCCAAGACUUUCCAACUGUUGCAUCGCAGAUACAGCAGCAUAUGUCAGCUCUUGGCAUCAGCCAGUUCCCCACCGCCCUUUGAAUCGUAAAGCUCCCCUUUCGUCAAUACCCUCAAACUUUAACAAGUCACACGAGAAAGCCACACAGCCUCUUGACGUAAGCAGAUGGACCGCCGCCAAGGAUAUAACUUCGGUGCCCCAGAAUGUCGUCGCCUCACCAUCUUUCAACUAUCUUUGUUAUACUGAAUCGGUGAUCAUGGCUUCUUCUGCAAUAUCUUUUCCUGGUGCGACAUGCACAGUCAUCUCCUCAGCUGGCGGUGCCCCCAAGUCACUCGGUACGGGAUCUCUGCGCGUAACGCAAGAUCUGUCGUUGGCAUCCACGGUGCUUUCAACGCAGACCUGGUCAUUGACCAUUCCACCAACGGCGCCGCUAACAAAACUCUCAAAUGGUAUAUAUUUGGUACAUCUACCCCCUACCUCCAAGCUGGACACAACUGCAGCCGCUGGUGCUUCUCCCUAUGUUUUUCCGAAUGACGGAGCAACGCUACGUAUUGAACUGGGGCCAAAGUAUGACAGUGAUUCCGUUGCGCUUCUUGAAGCACUUUUUGCCGACGACAGUCCGGGUCCACAACGGCAUCCAUCCGAACAGCCUCGAAAUAGCCUGGCGUUGGUGGACGAGCAUGGCCAGGUGGUAGGCGUGGUUGCAGAAGGCUUGGAAAUGGAGGGACAAGGAGAUGCUCUACCAGCGUACAACAAGGAUGAAGCUGUUGUUAUCGAACUCAGCAGCCUUCCUACCGUUCCUCUUCCUGGGGAUGAGCAACAAGAGGAGACGCUACCAGUAAGGGUUAAAGUGCUCCGCGAUGCAUCAUCCGGGAUGCUAUCCACCAGCGAAUAUAUUUCAUCCGGUCUUAUUCUCACGUCAUCUGCCCUUGGUAAAGUGAUGAAAAGCGGCGCACAGUCUCUGAAAACCUUGAUUCCUGUUGCUGCGGCCCCUUGGGAGCCCGAUGCCACCACGAAAAAGAAUAUUGAAAAGGUUCAUAACGCCAGCAAAAGUACGGCAGACUUCACACGUCGUGCGGCCGAGACCGUCGCAACAGUGGCAGUUUCUGCGGGAAAGACAGUGGCCUCCAGUGCCUCAAAGCUGGUACCUGGUUCCAAUCACAUUGGUGACUCGCGAACAGGAUCUGCUUCGUGGGAUUUGCUCAGAACGACGGUACAUGCCGUUGGAAAUGUUCUCGAUGCGGGUGUGCAUGCGGGAAAGACUCUCUUUGAUGAUACCGUAGAAGCUGCAUCCGGUCUUGUCCAGCAUCGAUACGGAGGCGAAGCAGGGAAUGCCGUGCGGCUGUCUCUGGGGGCAGUGGGAAAUGUGGGUCUGGUAUAUUUUGAUGCAAGAGGUAUCGGACGGCGAGCUCUCCUAAAGCACGUUGCCAAAGGAGUUGUCAUGAACGUUAGGUUGACAGAUGGUAGAGUUGUUAGCUUGGGUCAGAAUACUAGUGAACCCAGUAGAGUAUCUGGGCAGGUUCCCGUUGUUUCGGCUAAGGUGCAUCCACAAAAUUCUUGUAGCAGCACGAAGAAGUAAUUUAAAGGCAAUGUCGGUCGGGUAGUAAUUACUGCAAAAAGUUUAUCAAAUUGUACAACACCCAAAGAAUAUGUAGAGUCAACUAUACAAAUUUAUACCGCUA